AUGGGUGAUGACCGAUGGCGCGGAGGCCGACCAGACAAUCGCCAGUCGGGCCAUAGACAGUCGGGUUCUAAGAACAUGGGAGGAUCGCGUGGGAAUGCCUGGAGCGACUCACGCGAUCAGAGCCCUGCCGGUCCAGCUAACGAGCAGCAUGUUCCCGUUUGUGGAUUUAAUGCGACGGAAGCAAAGUCAGUUCUCAAGCGAGGUGCACACGAACAAAAACCUGCCACGUACAAGCCAGCUGGGAAGGACGUGAACAACCGUGCUAGCGGACCUUGGGGCGCCAAACCCAACAACAUGGCGAGCGGAAAGGAUUUCUUCCUCGAGCUUCGAAAGCAGGUCACUUCCUUGCGGGGUGGAAAUGUUCCUGGUGGUUGA